UACGAUAAAGAAAAAAUUCGCAUUUUGUGACAUCAAAACACGUUGAAAAGUAUUGGUUAUCGAUCGAGAAAAAUUAUAAGGGCGGAUCCUUGACGAGUAAAUUAUUUAGUGAAUUCCACAAUUUUCUGACGGUUUACUUUCGUGAAAAUACGCGGAAAUACUGGGAAUACUCCUCGUGGGAUAAGAAAGAAGAUAGAGCGUGCAUGCUGAAGCGAGCGACGUUUAGUGACCCACCCAAGAUCGGCUGGGAGCUCCUUAUGGUAGCUGAGGGGCGUGGACGAUCUUUCCCGAGCGAGAUCCAAGGGCUGAAGGGCUGGCCCCGUCGUUGGAUCCACUCGGCCAGUACCUACAUUUAGAAUAAAAAUGACCGACCGCAACGAGAACUUCCUAUGCAAAACGAAAGAUCAAUACAGCGUACAAUCGGUACCCUACAAGCCUGCCUGCAAUUGGAAUAACAACAACGAUAUUCACAGCAAUGGAUCUGCGAACGUAAUCAGAAGAGACGGAUUAAGCGUAGUUAAGGAUCAAAAUUAUUAUCCACGAUCGAACAGUUACCAAAGAGAUCAAACGAAUUCGAAUUAUCGUCUACCAAGGAGGGCACCUAUCGUUGGUUGGCAAAAUGGCAGCCCAACUGUUUUCCCAAGCACUCCAUGCGGCACUCCAGAUCCAGAAAUGCUCGAAACGAUCGAUUUGUCUCGUUCACAAAGUGUUACAUCGUCUACAAAAUGUUCAGAAAUCUGUCAGGACUCUGGCAACACCGAAGAUCUCAGUAGUUUGGCGGAUGAAAGGCUUCUUCAGUCUACACCGGCACACACCAUCGAUAGAAGCGUAGAGUCGUUAUCACCCGAUAAAGAUACCUUCUUAACUACGUCUCUAGAAAUCGGUAGAAGUAAGGAUCUAAGUUUGCCUGAUGAUAUAGAGGACAAGAUUGACCUAUUGAGCCCGGGUACAGAUUAUACAGAGGACAGAAUACCACCUACACCUAUCGACCACAGCUACAUGACCUCACCGAAUCUUACCAUAGGACCCAGCUCUACCAUUAAAAGCGAUUUACUAACAACUUCGCAAUCAGUUGGAUCACAUCCUUUCGAAAGAAGCGAAGACUCGGACAAUCACAAAUGUUCCGAAACCAGACCGAUAAUCACCCCUAAUCCUGGCUAUAGAGACGACGAUACGCGAGAUUCCAUCGAUUCAGAUAGCGCUUUGGAAGACGAAUUAACCAGUUCAACAAAAGAUGGAAAAAGGAAACCUAAAGUGCCAGAUGGCGGAUGGGGCUGGGUGGUCGUAUUAGCCUCUUUGGUCAUUUCCAUGAUCGCCGAUGGAGUGUCCUUCAGUUUCGGGCUCUUGUACAUUGAAUUUCUACAUGAAUUCGGCGCAUCUAAGUCGAAAACAGCUUGGAUAGGUUCCCUGUUUAUGGCAGUACCACUACUGUCUGGCCCUAUUAUGUCCGCCUUAGUUGACCGUUAUGGGUGCAGGAGUAUGACUAUAGUAGGUGGUCUGAUCUCAGGAUUAGGUUUCGUAUUAAGCUGUUUUAGCAACACCAUCGAGGUAAUGUAUUUGACUUUUGGAGUCAUUGCGGGUCUCGGUCUGGGUUUAUGCUACGUCACUGCGGUCGUGAGCAUUGCGUACUGGUUUGACAAAAAGCGAACCCUAGCUGUAGGUUUAGGUGCUUGCGGCACUGGAAUUGGCACCUUUGUAUACGCGCCUAUGACCACGUUCUUCAUCGAGGAAUACGGCUGGAGAGGUACUUGCUUACUUUUAGCAGGCACCUUCUUUAACAUGAUCGUUUGCGGUACGGUAAUGCGUGAUCCAGAAUGGUGGAUCAUGGAACAACAGAAGCAAAACGGAGCAACACCGAAGAAGUCAAUUACUAAGUCUGAAUGUGAUAGAUCCAGUAUCAGCCCUGUAGACGAAUUCCCUGGAGUGGAGGAACUGAGGAGGAUGCUAAAGAGCGGACAUACGCCGGAAUAUCUGUUACAGAUUCUCAGUACCACGACGGAAGAUCCCCAAACAGCAAAUGGAGAUAUUAGGUUCAGAAGCGUGGUUAAUCUGCCCACUUUUGUGAAGCAUAAUGAGAAGGUGCCCGUGGAAGUAUUAGAGUCACUAUCCAGUAAUCCCAGACUCUACAGAGUUAUUUUGGAAAACUAUCCUAAUCUUCUAUCAUGUAGAAGUUAUUCGGAUAAAAUGCUACAAGAUUCCGCUGGAGAAGUUGGCAAUAAGAGUGUCGUCACGAUGUCUAUGAGGAUCAAACAAGCACCUAACGAACCAAAGCAUGACAAUUCGUAUGUAACAAAUAAUGUUCACUCAGGAUCUGCAUGUAACACCAUAAAGAAUCAUAUAACUAAAAAAAUAUCUAAAAAAGAAUCGGAGGAAGCUAAUCCGCUCUUGGCUAAAGAACUUGAACAUACAAUGAACGAUGGACGAAAAUCAAAAUCGGUAUCUAAACAACGUAUAGGAGAGCUUAAUUGUGGAGUUGUCAGAACAGAUUCACUUCCAUGGUUAAGGAGACAAUUUAAUACAAAUACUCAUUAUUUUAAAGAUAUUAGAGUUCACAGAAAUUCGGUCAUGUAUCGUGGUGCUGCACUUAAUUUACAUAAAUAUAGAUUAAGGGCUAGUAGUUGCCCUGAUAUCUAUAGAAAUAGUAUGACUACAUUGGCUAAAGAAAAUGAAGAGAAAUGGUACAGCGAAUUAGUAGAUUUAUUGAAAGGUAUGAUGGACUUUUCAAUGUUCCUGGAAUUGCACUUUUUAUUACUCUCACUAUCGACGAUCUUGCUAUUCACUUGGUUUAUCGUGCCUUACUUUUAUCUUGCCGAACAUCUUACAAGAAAUAGUUACACCGAGUCUGAUGCUGCAAAUCUCCUUAGUAUUAUUGGCAUUACUAACACAAUUGGAAUGAUUGGUCUUGGAUGGGCGGGAGAUCAACCCUGGAUGAAUGUUAGUAAAACCUACACGUGGUGUCUGGUUGCCUGUGGUGUAGCAACAAUUUUAAUGUCAACAUUAACUCCUUAUUACAAUUUAUUGAUGGUCACUUCGGCAGCGUUUGGCCUCUUCUUCGCGAGUAACUUUAGUUUUACUCCUGUUAUAUUGGUAGAAUUAAUACCAUUGGAAAGAUUUACUACUGCCUACGGCCUUAGUCUACUGUGUCAAGGUAUAGGAAAUCUUCUUGGUCCACCACUGGCUGGUUGGCUAUUUGAUAUAACAAAUUCGUGGGAUUUAUCCUUCUGUAUGGCAGGUAGUUGGAUCGUUGUUUCUGGGCUUUUAGUAGGGCUUAUCCCUUACACGAAAAAUCGGAAAAUUUGGGGUAAAGGCCCUAUCGAAAUGGAACGCGAAAGAGAUAUUUUAGCUUGA